GAGUAAGAAUAAGGCCAACAACAGCAUCAACAAGAAGACCCAAGAUGACAGGGCUUGGCUCACCAUGUGGCGCGUGCAAGUUCCUACGCAGGAAGUGCGUCAAGGGGUGUGUCUUUGCCCCAUACUUCUGCCAUGAGCAAGGGGUUGUGCACUUUGCCGCUAUCCAUAAGGUAUUUGGGGCGAGCAAUGCCUCAAAGCUCCUGAUGCAUAUCCCUAUAAGUGACCGCUGCGAGGCUGCAGUCACCAUGUCAUACGAGGCGCAGGCCAGGCUUCAAGAUCCAGUAUAUGGCUGUGUCGCGCACAUCUUUUCUCUGCAACAGCAGGUGGUCAGUCUGCAAGCACAACUGGAGUCUUACAAAGCUCAAGCAACACCAGGGUAUGGCGAUGGAUCUUCGACCUCAAAUCCUCAAAAAGAAAACUGUGAAAGAUUAACACCUUAUAUGCAAGACGGGCAGCUCUUUUUCCGCCCAACAAUGCUAAACAAUUCUUCAGUAAAGAGUGAGAAUCAGCUAUACUUUACAAAUGACUGCUUCACUUCUGCAUCAACUCACAAUUCCGAAGGUUAUGAACAAGAUUUAUGCAUGUUUGACUACAAUAACAGCAAUCCUUCUUGCACCGUACAAGGGAGUGGGUAUCAUGACAUGGACGACCUUCAGUCGGUAGCCUUUGCCUAUCUCAACCAGGCAUGACAAGAUGUGCAUGUGGUAGUUUUUGUACAAGUUCGAACAGUUUUGGUUACAAUGACUUGUAGAUGUGGAUCAAGUUUUCAAGCAAGAGCAUUAAAUUACUGAAACAAACAGAGUGAUGUAGCUAUUCUUCUCUGGACAUACUUAAAAUGUCAAGCUGCAUUACCAUAGUUUAGGAUUGCUAGUUUCUGCAGCCCUUGUUCCCUCAAUGAAGUUCAAUUGCUUUGACGAAUGAGUCUGAUUUCAAGAAUUGACAAGCGGAUUAUACGUAUGUAAACAGCCUUCCCGAAUGCUGAAGUUCUGCAGAAGCAUCAAACCGGAGUUGGUUUAACUCAUUUACUUCGAGAUAAAUAAAAAAUGUAAGGAAAGAGAUGAUAAAAGGUACUGCAUUUUGGUUUGUUAUGUAGAAA